AUGCAUCCCAAUGAUCUGUCGAACGAGCGCAGCUGGCACCUGGGAAACAAGGCGGUGGGCCUAAUGCAUGUGUGCAAGUGCACAUGCUUCACGACCAACACGACACUCAUUCCGCUCUACGUGCCCCAGCGGCCGGGCGACUUGUGCAGCACAUGCACAAAGCAGUUCUGCGUCGAGCGCGCCGAGGGGUGCCGUGGCGCACAGAUCGCCGAGGGAAACGACGAUACAGGCACAGGGUUCGAGGGGCAGGUAUGGGCCAAGUGCUUCAUCCGCGAUCCGACCAAGGACCAGACGAUCGUGCUGCUGUACUUGAUCGCCGUGCUGGGGCUCUUGCUCGUGGCAUUCCUGCGCAGCCGCGCGGGGCAUGCGAUGCUUACACGGGCGCGGCGCGUCUUGCGCUUGUAG